AUGGUUUAUAUGACUGUCCUCCUCUCUAGAAAUGCAGUCACCAUACCUACCUUGUAUGCCAAUGUCAAAGAGAAUGACGAGUUUUGGAAAAGGCAAGCUAAAAUAUUAAAUGAUAAAUAUUGGCAAGGAAGAGAAGAAGUUGCUGAAGUAGAGAACCAAGAAGCUUAUGUUACUGGACCAUAUAAAUUCACCGAAAAUGUGACUGAUUCUGUUUCAGAUAUGAUAACUGGUGAGAUGAACGUUGGACGGAAAUUGGCGGGGAAGCUCGCACAUGAUUCAUGCGUGGCAACAAACCCGAUUGACAGGUGUUGGAGGUGUGACUCCAAAUGGGAAAAGAAACGCAAGAAGCUGGCAAAUUGUGUGAUAGGUUUUGGUAGAAACGCUAUUGGUGGCAAGAAUGGUCGAAUCUAUAAGGUAACCAGUAACUUAGAUAAAGAACUGAUCAAUCCUGUUCCUGGUAUUAGACAUGCCGUUACCCGAAAUGUACCUUUGUGGAUCAUCUUUUCACGUAGCAUGACCAUCAAGCUCAGCCAGGAGCUCAUAGUGAAUAGCGACAAGACCAUUGAUGGAAUGGGGCUGGUUUUACUAUCCAAUUCGUCAAGAAUGACUCGAAGUGAUGGUGAUGGAAUUUCCAUCUUUGGCUCUAGCCAUGUUUGGAUUGACCAUGUUUCCAUGAGAAACUGUAGUGAUGGAUUGAUUGAUGCCAUUCAGGGUUCCACUGCUAUUACCAUAUCCAAUAGCCAUUUCACAGACCACAAUGAGGUGAUGCUGUUUGGUGCUAGUGACAGCUAUACUGCUGAUAAGCAUCCUACAAUUGUUAGUGAGGGCAACCGAUUCAUAGCCCCUUACGACAAUAAUGCUAAACGGGUAACAAAGAGGGACUACGCACCAGAGAAAGAGUGGAAAAAAUGGCAAUGGAGAUCAAUCAGGGAUGAGCUCAUGAAUGGAGCCAUAUUCCUAGAAAGUUGGUCUCGUCUAACUAACAGGCCAUUCGAAAGGAAGGACAUGAUAUCAUCCAAGCCUGGCACAUAUGUGGGAAGGCUCACUCGCUAUGACAUACCUUUUCAUCUGUUAGAAGUCAUCACAAAGUUCUUUCUCUCCAUGUUUCUGUGA